AAACCAAAUGGUCCUCGAUCUAAUAUAUUCAUUGGAAACAUCAAUCUAUUAGAUUUAAACAUCACCAACAAUAAUGGCAUAUCGCCAUUGUCUGUCAAGCCGUCUUCGGAUUACAACAACGAUCGAAAUAACAAUAAAGAUAUAAGCGAGAUAUUGAGAAGAAUGGAACGUUUAGAAAGCUUCAGUUUAACCAUGCCAAAUACUGUUCUCGUAAAUUUUACGCAUUUGAACAGAAGAUUAAAUACUCUCAGUAAUAGGCUACGCACGUUGCAAUCAACUGUGAAUAGUAUAAAAAGAGCAGAUGAAUGUCAAUCGCAUCCUUGUGAAAAUGGAGGAACCUGUCUGAGCCUAGCCAGUGGUUAUUAUUGUUUAUGUCCGAAAAAUUGGAAAGGAGAAAACUGUGACGAAGAUGUGAACGAGUGUAAAAUGUAUGAAGGCACUGAUUUGGGUUGUCAAAACGGCGCGACAUGUAUUAACAGGCCGGGUUCUUAUGAAUGCAUUUGCAAGUCUGGCUGGUAUGGAAUACACUGUACACGAAAAGAAAGAAACUGUUCUGGAAAUGAUUUUGAA